CCAAGGAUACUUUCGGAAUAGAGAAAUAUUGUUCUCACUAUAAAAAAACUCGAACCCUAGUUUUUUCAUUACCACUCUCUACUUGUUCUUAAAUAGCUCAGUCACUCUGCGGCUGAGGAUUCUGAACGAGCAAUCUUCGAUUUCAUUUCUGCUAAGUUAGGACAUUAUGGGAAAAGAAAAGGUUCAUAUCAACAUUGUCGUCAUUGGACAUGUCGACUCUGGGAAAUCAACCACCACUGGUCACUUGAUCUAUAAGCUAGGAGGUAUUGACAAGCGUGUGAUCGAGAGAUUUGAGAAGGAAGCUGCUGAAAUGAACAAACGUUCAUUCAAGUAUGCGUGGGUUCUUGACAAGCUUAAGGCUGAGCGUGAAAGAGGUAUUACCAUUGAUAUUGCUUUGUGGAAAUUUGAGACCACCAAGUACUACUGCACAGUCAUUGAUGCCCCUGGACAUCGUGACUUUAUCAAGAACAUGAUUACUGGAACCUCCCAGGCUGAUUGUGCUGUCCUUAUCAUUGAUUCCACCACUGGUGGUUUUGAGGCUGGUAUCUCUAAGGAUGGACAGACCCGUGAACAUGCUCUUCUUGCUUUCACUCUUGGAGUGAAGCAGAUGAUCUGUUGUUGUAACAAGAUGGAUGCUACCACCCCUAAGUACUCCAAGGGAAGGUAUGAGGAAAUCGUGAAGGAAGUUUCUUCCUACUUGAAGAAGGUUGGUUACAACCCAGACAAAAUUCCUUUUGUCCCAAUCUCUGGUUUUGAGGGUGACAACAUGAUUGAGAGGUCCACCAACCUUGAUUGGUACAAGGGACCAACUCUCCUUGACGCUCUUGACAACAUCAACGAGCCCAAGAGACCCUCAGACAAGCCCCUCAGGCUUCCAUUGCAAGAUGUUUACAAGAUUGGUGGUAUUGGAACUGUGCCAGUGGGACGAGUUGAAACUGGUGUUGUGAAGCCUGGUAUGGUUGUGACUUUUGCUCCUACCGGUUUGACAACUGAGGUUAAGUCCGUUGAGAUGCACCACGAGGCUCUCACUGAGGCUCUACCAGGAGACAAUGUUGGAUUCAAUGUUAAGAAUGUUGCUGUCAAGGAUCUCAAGCGUGGUUUCGUUGCAUCCAACUCCAAGGAUGACCCUGCCAAGGAAGCUGCCAACUUCACAUCCCAAGUCAUCAUCAUGAACCAUCCAGGACAGAUUGGAAACGGUUAUGCCCCAGUGCUCGAUUGCCACACCUCUCACAUUGCCGUGAAGUUUGCUGAACUUAUCACCAAGAUUGACAGGCGAUCUGGUAAGGAGAUUGAGAAGGAGCCCAAGUUUUUGAAGAAUGGUGAUGCAGGUAUGGUUAAGAUGAUUCCAACCAAGCCCAUGGUGGUGGAGACUUUUGCUGAGUAUCCUCCUCUUGGUCGUUUUGCCGUGAGGGACAUGAGACAAACUGUUGCUGUCGGAGUCAUCAAGAGUGUGGAGAAGAAGGACCCAACUGGAGCCAAGGUCACCAAAGCUGCAGCCAAGAAGAAGUGAUUUGACUCCAUGGUUACUACUGCCUAUGUUGUUGUUUCUUUAUAGUAGUUUAUCAUAUUUUCAGAGUCUUAGUUCUUUGCUUUUCCGGUUUUGUUUUUCCAGUAUUAACUUACAGAACUGGGUACUUGAUCGGCGGUGGUACUGUUUUUCGUGUUAAUUAUUUUAGUCUUGAGAACUUCACUUUUUAAGCAGCUAAAAGGUUUUUUACCUUCAAUUUGCUGCUGAGGGGAUGUUAAAGUUUCAUUAAAUUUAUGAAAGAGUUUUGUUAUGUCUA